GUGAAAGCAACUCUGUCCAGCCGAUUGUCAAUGAAGUUGUCGAGCAAAGUCAUCUGGCCACAGCAACCAGUGGUGUGUUCACUCGAUCGCUAUCAGCCAGCCUUCUCUCAGCCUCCACCAUAACUGCUGGUUCUGGCACUAGUGCUAGCACUGAUGUCAGGACUUACAGCAACAGAAAUAGCAGUGUAUCAUCAUCUUUCUCAUCUUCUUCCUCAUCGUUCCUCGCUUCUUGCCAUCCAAAAAGCAUCGUCAGCUCUGGCCUCUCUUCAUCUUCGUCAUCGUCCGCACUACGCUUGGGUCCUGAAUCCAUUUCUAUAGUCCCAGGGUCGGACCCACAAUCCCAGCUAGCCUCGGAAUCAUGUUCUAAUGCCGGACCUCAUUGCACCCUGACAAGUUUUCAAAAGGCUUGCACCUGGCUUUCUCCUUUUACUGUGGCAGCUGCAACAACUGUCUCCACUUGCUUUGAUAGCUGUUGCGUUGGAUCAGCAUCUUUGGCAUCCACACCACAGCCUUCUACAGGCGCUUGGCGCCCUCGCCUGACUGCUUCUCCGCAGCGAAGGAGGCGCCACUCUUUAAUGCUUGCCCAGCAGUUGGUGGACACUUCAUCUAGCCUACAUCCUGCCUGCUUGUCCGGUAACUUAAAUAGCAGAGGCGACUGCAGUUUAUCUGGUUGUGGUCAUACUUGUCAGGAUCCAGUUUGCCGCAUUGAUCUUCCAAAUGAACUUUUUCUGGAGCAUUCUAGUGUCGGAGCGCAAUCUGCUUCUCGCCCAGAUGUCAACCUGGCCCCUAAUCAGGCUAAAUCAUUCAUGGCCGAAAGGCGGAUCCAGCCAAUC